AAAAUCGUCGAAGUAGGCGGAGAGUUAAAAAUUGAAGUGUAGUGGGGAAAAGAACUAACUGCUUCUAGUUGGCUUUAUAUUUCAGUGCAAAACUGAAAUUCGUUUGAUCAACAUUUACAACAGAUGUAAGAACAAGGAAAAAAUCCCUUUAAGUCAGCUAGAUAAGAAAUAAUUCUGAAAAUCCAUUUGGAAAAGCAAAUACGAUGGAAGUACUAUUAAAAGAAGGUGGACAAGAAAUGGACGUAGCAAAAAGCUCUUUCAGAGAUAUUAUGAAAACUCGGUCAGCAGAUAUAGAAUCAUGCAUCGAAUACGUGCACAAAUCCACACCUAUUCAGAAUUUCUAUGACGGUCAAGCGGUUUUCAUAACUGGCGCAACUGGUUUUAUCGGAAAGUUAUUGAUCGAGAAAUUGUUAAGAGAAUGUCCUGGUAUCACCUGCAUUUAUCUUCUAAUAAGGACAAAAAAAGGAAAAAGCGUGCUUCAACGUACAAAUGAACUAAUAGAAGAUUCAUUCUUUGACACGUUGAGAGAGAAACAACCAACAUUCCAAAAUCGCAUAGUAACAAUCGAGGGCGAUAGUAGCUUGCCAAAUCUCGGCAUCUCAAUGAUCGAUAGAGCUACGCUUAUACGCGAAGUAUCAAUUGUUUUUAAUGUUGCCGCGACCGUUAAAUUCAAUGAAAAAAUUAAAUUGGCAACAACUAUUAAUGUCCAAAGUCUGAAGGAUCUGAUAAAUUUGUCCAAAGAAAUGCCGAAACUGAAAAGUUUCAUACACGUAUCGACAGCUUAUGCCAAUUUAUUUCACAAUCCCAUCGAGGAGAAAUUUUAUGAACCACCGAUAGAUGAUGAUAAAUUGAUUAAUUUGAUAAACUCUAUGAGCGAGAGUUUCCUCGACGAUAUUACACCACUAUUACUUGGAAUAUGGCCAAAUACUUACGUGUAUACAAAAUCAGUCGCCGAAAAUCUUGUAAAAAAGCAUGUCGACUCAAUACCGAUUGGAAUAUUUCGUCCAGGGAUAGUGAUGCCUACGUUCCGGGAACCUAUCCAGGGAUGGGUGAAUAACACAAAUGGGUUAAUAGGAAUUACAACAAAUGCUCUAAUGGGAUUAAUGCGAACUCAGCAUGGCGAUAGCUCUAUAAAACUGGACAUUGUAUUUGGAGACCUGACUGCCAAUGGGAUAAUCGCUAGUGCAUGGGACAUUGCAAGUAAUCCAAGAUCCAAGGAAGACUUUCCCAUAUAUAAUUACGUAUCUAAGGAUAAUCCAAUCACUUUUGGUAAAUUUCUAGAAAUGACACUUAAGUAUGGAGAAUUGAUACCGUCUGAAAAAGCAUUGUGGUGCCACAGCUUUAAAAUAAUAAAAUAUCGGCCGGUCCAUCUUUUCCACGUAUACUUUCUACAUUUGUUACCAGCUCUUAUAAUCGAUACGAUCGCAGUAUGUGUAGGUAAACAGCCAUGGUUACUUCAAACAUAUAAAAAAAUUCACAAAAUGUCGGAUCUACUUACUUAUUUUUGUAUAGUUCAAUGCAACUUUACAAAUAAAAGAUGGAACGAAUUGAUGAGGAAGUUAACAUCCGAGGAUCGCAAAUUAUUUUUCUGUGAUAUGAAAGACAUCGUUUGGAGUAAUUAUUUUCCAAUAUAUAUUCUAGGGGUAAGAAAAUAUAUCUUACAGGAUCCCAUUGAAACGCUUUCGCAAAGUCGUAUAAAAUGGCGAAGAUUUUAUUGGAUGGAUCGAGCACUGAAACUUAUUAUCGCCUGUGUCCUUAUCAUCGUAUGGGUUAUGACUUUCAGAUUAUUUGUAACUUUCAGAUCUUCAUAAAAGUAGUAUAAUUAUCAAAGAAAGUGAAGAAAAGAAGAUAAUUAUUAUUUACGCUUUCGUACGAAUUAGUGAUUUCUCUUAUUUAUGGGAUUUAGAUUAAACGGGGCGAUGUUAAAGAAGAAGGGUUAAAAUACAAUCUUGGUGAAUUCUAUUUGUAAAAUUUUGGACAGAUUUGUUGUUGGAUUUUUUUGUUAUUUAUUAAGCUACUUAUUACAUACCGAAAAUAUAUUUACUUUUUUAUUUUUGUUUUUUUUUGUUUUAAAUGAAUUCUUUUUCCCACAUUUCGCUGAAUUUUUAUUUUACAAAUAUCAUAUAUCACUUGUAUAAAAUUUGCAAUCCUGCAUAUUUGCUAUAAAACAGUAAAAAUUAGUUCGAAGUAAACAAUUCAAUAAUUCAGCUUGGAGACAACAUAUACGUUUAUCGAUGUCAUUACUAGCAAGUUUAUCAACCUUACGUUAAAAAAUCAAUGCAGGCAUUUAUUCGAUUUUGUAAUUUAAUAAAAUCAACAAAGUUAUUAACUGAUCGUCGAUAUUACAAAAUGUUAAAUACGGACUUAUUACUUAAUUACCAUUUUAAAAAAAUACACAAUGUAGAAUCACAAAUUAAUUUUAACAAAAUCAUUCUUCCUUUUUCUGAUUAAAAGAUAUACUCGCUAUUUAUUCCUGAUAUAACAUUUAUCGAUCUUAACAUGGCGUUUACUAAUAUCUAUACGUUCAUUAGCUUCCAUCGCUUUUGAAACUCUUCUUCGCUAUUGUCGGUGACAUGUUCAAAAGUUUCACGAAAAAAGCGUGUGAUCAACUUUCGCGAAAAGAUUGUCCUCUGACAAAUAAAAUAAUAUUAUGCGAAGAAAGCAGAAAAAGCGUAAAUACA